CGGGGAUGCGCCGUGUGUACCGCGCACUCAGCGCUUUUAUCUCAGCCCAGGGAGACGGCCAGUUCACCGCGUUGCUGAGGAAGUGGCCCGGAAGGAGGGAUCAGCAGACACUAGGAGGAGUCUCCGGUGUUUUCAGGCUGCUGACUCAGACAUGGGGUUUCCGGCGCGGGACCCGGGCUGAGCUGUGGAUGUCCACAGAGCCGCCGGCAGAGCUGCACCAUGAGGACGUGGGGGAGUGACAGUGAGGAGGACAGGAGCCCCCUGCUAGGAGAAGACGAUGUGGUGCAGGGCAGCAUACAGCGCAGCCCCCCGGCCAGAGUGCCUGUGUGUUGCUCUGCUCGUUACAACCUGGCAGUGAUGGCGUUGCUUGGCUUCUUCAUGUUGUAUGCACUACGGGUCAAUUUAAGCGUCGCACUGGUGGAUAUGGUAAACUCAACAUCUAGUGAACACGUAAACAGAAGUGCCAAUGUGUGCCCUGACCAUUCACUUCCACCCAUCGUGCCUCAUAAUUCCACGGGCAAGAAGUAUGAAUGGGAUGCAAAUACCCAAGGCUGGAUACUUGGGUCCUUUUUCUACGGAUACAUUCUCACUCAGAUCCCUGGGGGAUACAUAGCUGGCAGAAUUGGUGGCAAACUACUACUGGGAUUCGGAAUUCUGGGCACUGCAGUGUUCACUUUGUUAACACCAUUAGCUGCAGAUUUGGGUCCUGGCUACCUUAUAGCUGUUCGAGCACUGGAAGGACUUGGGGAGGGUGUGACCUUUCCAGCUAUGCAUGCAAUGUGGUCAUCUUGGGCCCCACCUCUUGAGCGUAGCAGACUUUUAAGUCUUUCUUAUGCAGGAGCUCAGCUUGGCACGGUUGUAUCUCUGCCUCUGUCUGGUUUAAUUUGCUAUUACAUGAACUGGAUUUAUGUGUUCUACAUUUUUGGAGCACUCGGUGUUGUAUGGUUUAUAAUGUGGUUAUUUCUAGUCAGUGAUACUCCACAAUCUCACCGCACAAUAUCUGACUCAGAGAGAGAAUACAUUUUGUCGGCCCUUAAACAUGAGCUUUCUAGAGACACUGAUGUCCCGGUGUGUGCCAUGCUGAAAUCAUUGCCGCUGUGGGCUAUUGUUGUAGCUCAUUUUUCUUACAACUGGACCUUCUACACUCUCCUGACUUUAUUGCCUACCUACAUGAAAGACAUUUUACGUUUUAAUGCACAAGAGAACGGCUUUCUCUCUGCCCUUCCUUACUUUGGAUGUUGGCUUUGUAUGAUCAUUACAGGCCAUGUUGCAGAUCUCAUGAGGGAAAAGUUUAACUUCUCAACUGUUGUUGUCCGCAAAAUAUUUAACACUUUGGGAAUGAUUGGUCCUGCAGCAUUUCUUCUGGCGGCCGGUUACACAGGUUGUGAUUAUACUCUGGCUGUUGUGUUUCUCACAUUAUCAACCACCCUUGGAGGAUUUAGCAUAUCUGGAUUCAAUAUUAAUCACUUAGACAUUGCACCAUCUUUUGCUGGUCUUUUACUUGGAGUCACAAACACAUUUGCAACAAUUCCUGGAAUGGUUGGGCCAGUUAUAGCCAAAGCGUUAACUCAUGAUGACACUGUGGAACAAUGGCAGAUUGUGUUCUACAUCGCAGCUGCCAUUAACAUUUUUGGAGCCAUCUUCUUUGCAGCAUUUGCCAGCGGUACAGUUCAAGACUGGGCAGUAAGGACUAAUAAAGCACAGGGAAGCUAAGGACCGUCUGUAUCUCUACGUAUGCCUCAAAAAGCCUCACUUUUAUACAUGAUUAUUUUCUCAGUUUUCAUAGACAAAAACCUGGAAAACGUUCAUCUGUCCUUAAACAGGUUAGGAAAGACGUUGUCCUGAAGCACUACAACAUCUGAACCUGAUCUAUGAUGUGGAAAAGGGAUUCUGCUGCUGCUCAUCUAAUAUAUUUAGUUCAGAUUUGUUUAGUUUAUGGUACAGUUCAUCGGAUUUUUAUAUGUUUCCAGUACAACAUUCCCUAGUAUAGUUUUAUUCAUAUAUAUAUUUGUGCCUUAUGAAGUAUCCGUUCCAUUGAAGUUCUAAGAGUAGUGCAUUACUUGAAGAUCCGUGAUGGAUCUCUGAAAUAAAGGGUCUGGUGUACAGUACAUGUGAAAUUACAUUCAAAGUGGCUUUAGGAAACCCUUUUAUUAACUAGUUAUAUACUGUUAAAGGUCAACCAGCAACUUGUGGCGCUCUAGCGUUUAGACGUUGUUGGACUGAGGUGCCUAAGGCCCACCAGUAAAAUAAAUUCUGGGAGCCCACUGUAAAGCUACAUGCACAUACUACUUGCUCACAUAGCGGCAGGCACCUUAGCCACCUGAUGCAUCUAUAAUGAUAAAAUAGGUAGUUUGUUAAAUAAUCUACCCAGUUUUGAGAUUGAGAUUCUGUACACUGGCUAUCUGUAUGUAGUGCAGUCAGUGUGCUGUGUCACUUGUGCAGAGGGUGGGGGACUGGGGCCCACCAGUGGACUCACCUGUGGGCCAGUCCGAGCCUGCAUUUAGAUGUUUGAGCUGCAUACUUUUAUAGGUUGGGGAAAAUGGCUGGAUCAUUUAUUGAUAUUCCACAGUGAUGAUGGCAGAAACACAAAGGGAAUUCAUUAUUAUAUGCAUGUUUUGGACACAAAUUAAUGAAAAUCUUAAUUUUAAUAUAGAUAACUGUCAGAGAAAAAAAAAAAUCUUAAACCUACUGCUGGUACCAGCCUUUGUUUUUACAAUAGCUAGACUGUAGAUUUGUACCGAGGUUAAUGACAACCUGUGCGUAGACCCAUUCAUGGUGCAGGACCCUGCAGUGACUGUAGAUUUACACUAACACUGCUUGGCCCAUCAAAUUAUUUUAUUAAUUUACAUUUAUCUACUAUCAAAUUAACAUGAUUAUUUUUUUAGAUGUGUUGUAAUGCCUUUGUAAAGAAUUAUACAAAGCACCACAAGGUGGCACUGUAUACUGGACACAAAAUAUGUACUCUAUCAAGUGCCUUCCAUGUUGAAUUUGUAAUGAUGUACAUUGUGAAUAUGUACUUUUGACUAAUGAACAGUGGUUUGUAAACUACGUUCAAUAAACACAUUCCAAAGA